AUGGUGCGUAUAUGUUUGUUUCACUAUGCGGCUCCGCUUGCCGUGCUCCGCUCUGAUCCAACAAUUGUCGGCGACGGGUCUGUGCGCUUUAAUGGAACAAAGAACCGGCGAUAUAAAAAGACUGACGAUCAAGAAACGGCCGCUGCCAGUUUCAUCAGCGCAAUUUAUAACGAAGAUGCUUGGACUUUGGAGGACCAUGCUGCCAUGUCCAGUGACGAUAACCCUGUCGCCACUACUAAAGGAGAAAACAACAACAACUAUUAUACCUCGCCAACAAUGCAGCAACAGCAUCAUCCAUAACGUGUCCAUCGCAAUAACACGAGCCAAAUUUAAUUUUAUACGUAGACAAAGUUUUUCUAUGCACUGGUCUUUUGAUUUUGUAGCAAUAUUUUUAUCGUGUAGAAGCAGGCCCUUCUUUUUUAUUAUAUUUUGGCAUACGUCACCGGUUUACAUGAAUAUAUAUAUAUAUAUAUAUAUAUAUUCUUGUGAUGCUUCUCGCCGAUCAAUGGAAAUUGCAGUCAUAAGUUUUGUAUUAUAAAAAAGGUAGACACAAUUUC